AUUUCUUUUGCCCCCCUUUUUUUAACAAAGGAUCUUUUCUCCUUUGUGUGCAUCUGUGUUGUAGUAAAGCUGGAGAAGAAGAGGUGACCAUGGCAGCCGGACAGUCCAGCCUACAUCCAGAGAGCGCAAAACCGCUAAAGGAGCAGAAAAGUAGGGAGGGAGUUGGCAGCAUGUCAGGAGGCGACUCUUGAGCUUUGCUCGGUGCAGAGCUGACGCACUAAUUCUCACAGAGGGGAGGGGAGAGAGACAGCCGUGGCCAGAUGGAGCUCUGUUUGUUUUGAAGUAGCUAAACUGCCGCUGAGAGCAGCACACGCUGUCGGCACUGGGAGGACGAAGCAGACCUCACAGCUUGUCAGGGCAGCGAUGGGUCAACGAGCUGCUGGUUUCUCCCAAUGAGGAGCGGUCCGGUGCUGCACUGUGGCUGUGAGGCUCGGCGUGGAGACUCUAUGCAGCUCAAGGUCAAAAGGAGCAGCACUAACCUCAGGGAACUGUCCCAUCUGGAUCCAGGAGCCUGCAGAGGCACGUGGACAGAGGUUUUUCCUGUUGUAGCAUCUCUAAGUCUGUAUGAGCUCACACUACUGAGGGCUGURUAGGACUUUAAGGAAGAUGUAAGGCUCGGACCUGCCUAAAUACCUCUCACAAGAAUCGGUUGUCCCAGCCUGAUUCUGUGUCCAAAGCGAAGGGAAUGGGCCCAGCCUCACUGCAGGAGGAGAGGGAGCCGGCCAAACAGUCCAAGGAGGAGAUGGAGAGUUACCGCUGCCUUCUGCAGGCUGGCUCCCAGCUGGAGAGCACUCUGCAGCAGGUGACUGUCCCUGUGAGCAUGAAGGAGGUGGGAGGAUACAUAGAGAAGCAAGUGGCAUAUCUGUCGGGAGGGCGUGGGGAGGACUCUAGUGUCAUCAUCACCCUCCCAGAAUGCUCGGCGUUCAGUGACAUUCCAGAGGAAGCUUUAGCCAAAGUCUUUACGUACCUCACUCUCAUCCCUCGAACGAGGCAACCUGGAGUCAAAUUUAUCAUCAUUUUAGACCGAAGACUGGACACAUGGGCCUCCAUCAAAACUGCACUUACCAGAAUAGCUGCCUCCUUCCCCGGGAACCUCCACCUGGUCCUGGUGCUCCGACCCACCAGCUUCUUCCACCGAACUGUUACAGACAUYGGCUUCCGCUUCAGCCAGGACGACUUCAUGCUUAAGAUGCCAGUGGUGAUGCUGAGCUCUGUCACAGACCUGCUACACUACAUUGAUGAGAACCAGCUGACGUCAGAGUUUGGAGGCACUUUGGACUACUGUCACAGCGACUGGAUUGUUUUACGAACGGCGAUUGAAAGCUUUGCUGUAACGGUAAAAGACAUUGCUCAGAUGCUGCAGAGCUUUGGUACUGAGCUGGCAGAGAGGGAGCUGCCUGAAGAGGGGAAAGCCAUCGAGCGCCUCCUUGAGAUUCACACGGAUAAAUACAGAAAACUCAAGGAUGCAAUUAGGUCAGUUUCAAAGGAAGGUCGUCACCUUCUCUCCAACCUGGAAGCAACUGGAAAGGAGGAUGACUCUCAGUGGGACGUGAAGCUGGACUGGGAAACUGUACAAAGGCUUCUUGCCCAGCUCAGAGACAUGGAGUCUGCCUUUGAUGGCUUCUUUGAAAAGCAUCAUCUGAAACUCCAUCAAUACCUUCAGCUGCUCCGAUAUGAGCAAAGCUUUCAGGAGAUGGACUUGUGUUUGGAUCAUCUCAUGAGUCGGGAGAAGGAAUUGUCCAUAAACGUGAACACGCUGGCUGAAGCAGAAGACGCUCUGAAAAGUCUCGACAGUCUGGAAUCGAACGCACAGGAAGUAACGUCUCGAGCCCAGAUCAUCAUCCUUCACGGACACCAGCUGUCAGCGGGUCACCACUACGCCGUGGCUCUCAUCAUGCAGCGCUGCAACGAGCUGCGGCACCGCUGCGACACUCUUUCUGCUGCCCUCAAAACCAAACACGCUUUUCUGCUGCAAACUCACCAGCUGCUGCUUUGUAUCGGACAGGCCCAAAUCUGGUGUGAUGAUGGCGCAUACAUGUUGGCCAAUCAGCUUAUAGAUAAGUCCCAGACUAAAGAGGGGGCUCAGGCUGCUUUGAGGGAUAUUGAGAAAUUUCUAGAGGGGACACCAUCUAUGCUGAGCUCAAGUCCUGAGAUUCUAGCUAUGGAGUAUGARGCUGUUAUCACUCCUCAGCUACAGGCCCAUUUUGGGAAAGUCUUUGAGAAGCAUGCAGCCGUGCAGCAGAUGAUCCAGAGCCGACAAGCUUCUUUAAGGAAGCUGGCUCAAAAACAUGUGCGACCAGUGCAGCUGGUGACCCCCAGGCCUGAAAACCAGCCACGCUCCAAGUCACCACUCUUCUCCCCAAAACAUGGUGACGGUWUAAAAUUCACAUUUGACAUAACACUUCCUGGAAAGAAAUCAUCGCGAAAGAGCCCCAACACCAGAAAAAUUGAGGUGAUUCAUGACUACCAGGAGAGCCGGAGCUGUGUGUCCUACAGUCUGGACGGAGACGACAGCCCGGAUUUAUUAAAGCGUCAUGUGAUGAGGGAACUCAUUGAAACUGAAAGGAUCUACGUGGACGAGCUCCUGUCAGUGCUGCUGGGUUACAGGGCUGAAAUGGACAACCCAGCUCUGUCGGRUCUUCUACCUCCAGUUCUUCGAAGUAAGAGAGACGUUCUCUUUGGGAACAUGCCCGAGAUCUUCAAUUUCCACAGCAGGGUUUUUCUUCAGGACCUGGAAGGAUGCCUUGAGGCUCCUGAAACCGUUGGAGCUUGCUUUCUUGAGCGGAAAGGAAGUUUUCAGAUGUAUGAACGGUACUGUCAGAAUAAACUACACUCUGAAGCGCUGUGGAGACAGUUCUCAAACUGUGCUUUUUUUCAGGAGUGUCAGAAGAAGCUGGAGCACAAACUGGGCCUGGAUUCCUACCUGUUGAAACCGGUUCAGCGUCUCACCAAAUACCAGCUGCUGCUCAAGGAGCUGCUAAAAUACAGCCCAGAUUGCGAGGGCACGUCUGAGCUGCAGGGGGCGCUGACAACCAUGUUGGACCUGCUCAAAUCAGUCAACGACUCCAUGCAUCAGAUUGCCAUCACAGGAUACGAGGGUGACAUCUGCGAGCUGGGCCGGGUUCUGAUGCAGGGGUCCUUCAGUGUGUGGAUCAGCCAUAAGAGGGGGGCCACGCGCAUGAAGGAGCUGGCUCGCUUCAAGCCGAUGCAGCGGCACUUCUUCCUGUAUGAGAAAGCUCUGCUGCUGUGCAAACGAAGAGAGGAGCAUGCAGACAGCAGCGUCAGGACCUCCUCCUACAGCUUCAAGCACUGUCUGAAGAUGACUGCAGUGGGGAUCACAGAGAAUGUUAAGGGAGACGUGAAGAAGUUUGAGAUCUGGUACAGCGGCAGAGAGGAGGUUUAUUUAGUUCAGGCCCCGUCGGUGGAGGUGAAGAUGGCCUGGCUCAACGAGCUCCGACGAAUUCUGACCAACCAACAGAAGCUGCUCAGAGAUGAAGCAUAUCAACACGGUCCAGUCGCUGAACACAUGCAGCUUUCUCCAUCCCUCAUGGAGAGCAAACAGCAGAGAGCGUCAGUGAGCUCAGAAGACACCGAGUCAGGGAGGAGCAGUCCAGAACCCCAGCCUCACUCCUCCAAACACCACCAGCCCAACCGUAGGAGUUGGCCCGGAGCUCAUCAGUCCGCCGACACCUGCGAGGGUCUGGAGGAGUGGGCUGGAGAUCAGGACACAUUCCACCCAUCUGAGACGGAGGAGAAACAGUUUCUGAAACUGUUUCCAGGGAGGUACAGGGCUUUGGCUGACUGUCCCCAGAAUGGACCAGACAGCAUCACCAUCAAAUCUGGAGACUUCAUCCACCUUCUGUGUGAAGACAGUAGGGGGCGCUGGCUGGUGAAAAAUCUGUGUCGGCAGCAGGAGGGUUUCAUCGCAGCUCCCAGCCUGCAGAUAAUUCUAGGAAACAGUCGAGAGCACUCCCUCAAAUUAGGAGACCCAGUGAACCUGAAGGUGAGGAAGCUGAGCUCCCCGUAGAGGAGAAAGCAGCCGAGUGUGAAUCUGGUUUCCACCUGUGGGUGAUGAGCAGACUGAGUCAUAGCCGUCUCAUAACAGAGGCUCCGUCAGCCUUGGUUAUCUCGUCUCCUCUGAGUGUUGACUUUUCCUUGGCGCUGUUGAGUCAUUAAAGGGGAAGAAUGUGAGAAUUGAAAACCUGCUCUUCUCCGCCUCCGCCCCGAUUGAUGAUCAGAACAAAUGUUAUUGAUUGUGAAAAUAGGAGCUAAGCCGCUGGAACAAUCAAGAACGGAGUCCAGCAUUCUGUUCAGUCUUCCUCUUUUCUUCAGAUUUUUGUUCCUUUUGUCUGCCUGGCUUCACAUCUGCAGUGAGUUUGAUGCUGCAGCAGUGGUCAACUCUUUACUCCAGCCAGGAGAGGUGGCAUCAUUUCCGAGUGCUCAUGUGUACCCUGUGUGUUUUUGGACUGAUGAUACCCAGGGUUUGACCUGAAGCAUUUCUUACAAACAAAAACUGUUGUACAUAAUGCAUCAUUUUUUUAACUGACUGUACAGUUGUUGGGUAAUUAUUUUGCAUUUUCCUUAAGGCACCAUGUUUGAGUUAAAAUGCCAAAAUGUGCCAUGCCUUAUUGCCUUUUUAUUCCUGCUUUUAUGUAUUUAUUUUUUAAAUAUCUUUGCAAAAUCAAAUAGUGUUUUCAUGCUUUUGAACUGACCUCAAACCCAAUUCAACAGGCACUUUAAAAAAGAUGGAAGCACUACGGUAACUACAAACCGGCUCUGUGUGCUCUUUGCUUUCUGCUUUACCUUUGACACUGUGGAUUUGCCCUCAUUCCUGUUGUGUUUUCUUGUUUAUACUUGAAUGUGUGAGGGGUGUCGCGUUGAGGGGCCGGGGUUAGACAACGCCCGCCACUUCCUGCAUGGAUUCAGAAAAGUUGCGCGUCAAUGAUGAUGAUGUCAGACACGGAGAGAAAUGACGAAGACUGAUGGCCGUGUGUUCCUCUGAGGAGACAAAUYGGAGUCGCCGCGGAAAUUGAAACGCUCUCAUAUUUCUCAGGAUCUUUCAAGAAGUGUCGGUCUGUCAGUGAAGAUGGGAAGGAGGGAGGUCGAGCGAGAGAAAAUUACGCUGUGUUCUACUCAAUCAUUGCAGAUGCAAAUUGAUUCCUCCCUGGCAUUCCAGCUCAGUAACUCUUUGCUUCCCCAUUAAAAGGAAUCCUACAGCCAACAUGAAAUAUAUAUCCUCUGCGUCAAACUCUUAAUUAAAUAUUGAUUGCAGACUUAUAUGAUUUACCACAUCAAAUCCAAGCCCCGGUUGGAGGGCCGCCUUUGAUACGCUGUUCUUGAUAUGGAAAUGAGUCCAGAAAGCAGCAGGGACCGCUCUACACCCCACAUUUCCUGUGUUGCUCAUUUAUUUAUUAUCCCAUCAUGUUUUAGUUUUAAAUAAAUUUACAUUACAAAUACUUAAAGAAACUGUGCUAGAGUUUAACAAAGCACCUUUGUUUAUGUUUGGGUCAAAAACACCAUUGUUUUUUAGUCAUCUCAAUCCGAAUGCUGCACAUUUUGCACAGAUUUUGCCGAGUUUGAGGAAAAACGUAAUGCUUGAAAUAUUAUAAAUUAUUUUGAGCCAAGUAGCUUCUUUUUUUUCUUUUUGUAAAAAUGAAUGCAUGGCAACAGAGUUUUGAGCUGAUUUUUUUACUCAGACUUGCAGUCAUCUGCACUGUUUUGUACAUCUGUAAUAAAUGAUCUAAUGAAAGUAAA